AUGACAAUUCAAGCCAACCACGGUGCCUCGAUUGCGGACAUCAUAGCGAUCGGGCCAGAGUCUGAAAGUGUUCCCGCAUGGCGAGCGAGAUGCGAAAUCACGACGGAGUCGCAGAUCCGCUUGGUUAAGCUGGCGCAUAUGUGUUAUCAACACCCCGAUCUGGACGAGAUUACUAUUUUCCUUGAAGAUUUUGGUAUGACCAUCGCAAAGAAGACCGAUGACGAAAUCUGGUAUCGGGGCUAUGGAGUAGAUCCCUAUGUCUACUACGCGAAGAAAGGAACGAAGAAGUUCCUUGGUGGUGCUUUCGAAGUUGAAUCGUAUCAGGAUCUGGAGAAGGCAACAAAGCUACCUACAGCCGGUGAGAUUCAAGAGCUCACAGAUGCCCCGGGCGGAGGCUAUAUGGUGACGUUGACCGAUCCUGAUGGAUUUGCCAUGAACCUAUUUUGUGGACAAACACCCGUUACACCUAGCACCUACCCAGAGAAGCUGGUGGUCAAUUAUGAGACCGAGAAGCCACGAGUGCGUCAAUUCCAACGAUUCCAACCAGGUCCAGCCGCAGUCCAUCAGCUCGGCCACUACGGCGUCUGCACCAAAAACUUUGAAGGGCUUGUCGAAUUCUACACAAAGAACUUUAACAUUGUCCCAACAGACUUCCUCUACGUUGAAGUAGAAGGUAAAAAGAAGAAUGUCUCCUUGUUCGCCCACAUUGAUCGCGGUGACAAGCACGUCGACCACCACUCAUUCUUCGUGAGCUCAAACCCGACAUCCCAUGUGCACCACUGUUCAUUCGAGGUCCACGACUUCGACACCCAGAAGCUAGGCCACCAAUGGCUCGCGAAGAAAAACUACAAGUCUGUGUGGGGUGUUGGCCGACAUAUCCUUGGAAGUCAGAUUUUCGACUACUGGUGGGAUACUACAGGGAACAUGAUCGAGCAUUAUGCGGAUGGGGAUUUGGUCAAUGACCAGACUCCGAUAGGGUAUGGUCCUGCGGGUGAUGAGUCGUUGGCUGUGUGGGGACCUGAAGUGCCGUCCUGGUUUUUGCAGUGA